GUGGCCAACCAGGCUGUCGCCAAGCGCGCCGCCGAGGGCCAGGCCGACAUUGACACGGUCAUCCUCAACUACGCUCUUACACUUGAGCACCUCGAGAACGCGUUCUACAAGCAGCUGCCCUCGGCCGCCGCCUUCAAGAAGGCCGGCUACAAGUCGGCCGUGCACAAGCGCUUCCAGCAGAUCAGCGCGCACGAGGCCUCGCACGUCAAGUUCCUCACCACCGCUCUCGGCGACAAGGCUGUCGCUGCCUGCGAGUACAACUUUGGCGACAUCUCGAAGCCGGCUACGUUCGUCGCUACCAGCAUUCUUCUCGAGGGUGUGGGUGUCUCUGCAUACCUCGGCGCCGCGGCCAACAUCACCAACCCCGCAUACCUGACCGCCGCGGGAUCUAUUCUUACCACCGAGUCGCGCCACAGCACCUGGGUGCAGAACUACGCCGCGCAGAAGGACCCCUUCGGCGCCGCGUACGACGCGCCGCUCAACUUCAACCAGACGUACUCGCUCGCCGCGCCGCUGAUCAAGAAGUGCCCCGACUCGAACGCCGCGCUGCCCGUCGUCGCCUUCCCGGCCGCGUCGAUCAGCCCUGCCGCCCCCAAGAUGGGCCAGCAGGUGACGAUCACGUCGGAGAAGCUCAGCGAGGCCGGCUCGGUCGGCUUCAUCACCGGCGGCGCCACGGCCAUCGUGCCGAUCAACAACGGCAAGGUGACGCUGCCCUCCGCCGUGCAGGGCGGCCGCACGUACGGUGUGCUGCUCAAGGGCACGCCCAGCGCCAUCACCGACGACAGCACCGUCGCCGGCCCCUUCGCGUUCGACAUCUUCUACACGCCCGACCAGGCU